AUCUCGCGACAGAAAAGCGACGGUGCUGCAGCGAGACCGUACGAUAAACCCCGCUCAAAUAGCUCAUUACGUGCGGCGUUGCGCUCUGACUGUAAUGCGGGUGGCACACCUCUUCAGAGGGCAUCACUGAAUGGUCAUCUUGAUGUCGUUAAAUAUCUCAUUGAUCAAGGAGCAAAAACUAAUACGGCUGAUAAUAUUGGGUACACACCUCUCCACAUGGCAUCAGACAGGGGCCAUCUUGAUGUCGUGAAAUAUCUCAUUGAUCAAGGAGCACAAUCUGAUACGGCUGAUAAUGUGGGUGGCACACCUCUACACAGUGCAUCAUUCAAUGGUAAUCUUGAUGUGAAAUAUCUCAUUGAUCAAGGAGCACGAAGUAAUACGGCUGAUAAUGAUGGGUACACACCUCUCCACGCGGCAUCAGACAGGGGGCAUCUUGAUGUCGUGAAAUAUCUCAUUGAUCAAGGAGCAAAAGCUAAUACGGCUGAUAAUGCGGGUGUCACACCUCUCUACAUGGCAUCAGACAUGGGGCAUCUUGAUGUAGUGAAAUAUCUUAUUGAUCAAGGAGCACAAGCUAAUACGGCUGAUAAUGCGGGUGGCACACCUCUUAAGAGGGCAUCACUGAAUGGUCAUCUUGAUGUCGUUAAAUAUCUCAUUGAUCAAGGAGCACGAAGUAAUACGGCUGAUAAUGAUGGGUACACACCUCUCCACAUGGCAUCAGACAGGGGCCAUCUUGAUGUCGUGAAAUAUCUCAUUGAUCAAGGAGCACAAUCUGAUACGGCUGAUAAUGCGGGUGGCACACCUCUCCACAUGGCAUCAGACAGGGGCCAUCUUGAUGUCGUGAAAUAUCUCAUUGAUCAAGGAGCACGAAGUAAUACGGCUGAUAAUGAUGGGUACACACCUCUCCACGCGGCAUCAGACAGGGGGCAUCUUGAUGUCGUGAAAUAUCUCAUUGAUCAAGGAGCAAAAGCUAAUACGGCUGAUAAUGCGGGUGUCACACCUCUCUACAUGGCAUCAGACAUGGGGCAUCUUGAUGUAGUGAAAUAUCUUAUUGAUCAAGGAGCACAAGCUAAUACGGCUGAUAAUGCGGGUGGCACACCUCUUCAGAGGGCAUCACUGAAUGGUCAUCUUGAUGUCGUUAAAUAUCUCAUUGAUCAAGGAACAACUAAUACGGCUGAUAAUAUUGGGUACACACCUCUCCACAUGGCAUCAGACAGGGGCCAUCUUGAUGUCGUGAAAUAUCUCAUUGAUCAAGGAGCACAAGCUAAUACGGCUAAUAAAAUGGGUGGUACACCUCUCCACAUGGCAUCAGACAGGGGCCAUCUUGAUGUCGUGAAAUAUCUCAUUGAUCAAGGAGCACAAUCUGAUACGGCUGAUAAUGCGGGUGGCACACCUCUACACAGUGCAUCAUUCAAUGGUAAUCUUGAUGUCGUGAAAUAUCUCAUUGAUCAAGGAGCACAAGCUGACACGGCUGAUAAUGCGGAUGGUGAAACAGCUCUCAACCCAGCAUCUCGGGACGGUCACAGCAACGUUGGUCGGUAUCUCAAGAGUGAACAAGCAAGACUAGGGUCCGAAUUAAAAGCAGAAGCAGCAGGACCAUUAAAGAUACCAGGAUCUGCAUCCGAGGCAACAGGACCCGCACUAAGCUCAUCAAGUCCAGUAUCUGGAGCUGGAGGAUCAACGCCAGGACCUGCUAGACCAGCACUAGGAGCAGAAAAGUAUGUGGCACCAGUACCAGAAGCAACACGACAAGUAACAGAACAAGAGAUGGGAGCAGCAAGACCAACACAAGCUCAAACAAGACCAGCAGUAGAAGAAACAAGAAAGGGGUCAAAAAGUGCCAAAAUGAUUGUUUCGGACAUCAUUUUACUUAAUCUAGCUGAAAAUAUUCCGCACUUUAAAUACACGAAACUAUGUUUGCAACUUGGAGAUACUGCUACUGCAGCCAGCAACAGACUAGUCAAAUACAAGCAAGAUUACAACGAGGCAGUCAUGGAAGUUCUAGUGGCGUGGAAGACUCGAACAGGAGGUUAUAAGCCUGAUUUAGAGAAUGUACUUAAAAAUAUUGAAGCUGGCGGACUCGUUGUUCUUCUUAAGUAGCUAGUUAUUUCAGCGCAUAUUGUAUACAUAAUCAUCUUUGGAACUUGGAGACAACAACAGACUGCUUAAUAAAGACUCACGAACACAGUUAUUAAAGUUCUUAUCAACUGAAAGAUUCGUAGAGGUUAUCCGAAUAAUUUAGAAAGUGUUCUAAAGAUACUGAAAAUCGUGGACUCGUAGAUCUUCCUAAAUGGCUUGCUGAAGAGUUUCCACACAUCACGUGUAUACGUUAUUAUGUUUGGAACUUGGUGACAUUGCUAGUGGAGGUGGCAAAAGACUCUCCGACUGGUCAAAUAGUAAAUAGGAAGAUUCUUGUAAAUUGUAAGAUAGACAGUACUUAUAUAGAAUGUGAAGUACAUGGAAAUGUGUGUACACGUAUUGGUAGAGCAGUCAAACAUCCCAAACGCCUUGGCUUGUAAAUGCCUUUUCUGUUAUUUGUACAAGUAAACAUGGUUAAGGUUUGUACAUUAUCACUUUUAUUUCUAAACCAAGAUUCUCGGAAAGAAAGAGACUGAUGCAAUAAUAACAUCAUACAGAUUGUAAAAUUUUGAGGGCACAGACAACUCUGGAACAUUGGCUGGAUAGGGUUCUUCAAAUCGUUUUGAGGUUAUGCAGCAAUGCCAUGAUACCACAUUGGAUGUACAUGUAUUCGUCGUCUCACUCUGCUUAUGUAUUGCCAGGUGUCACUCAUUUCUUUCCUCAAAAAUUCUCAGUAAUUUGGCUGUGUAAUAUAAAGCAUUCUUUGAUUCCUCUAUUGCAGGAGCUACAGUUAGACCAGGGAAGUGUGAGUUUAUGCGAAUUGGCCUCUAUAGAAGAUGUCUGUUAGUUUGUAAUAGGUCCAUGGUCUGAGCAACUGUGACUGUGUGGAGUAGAAUAUAGUGUGAAUGGUUACUAUACUUGUAUAGAUUUGGCAAGCACUCUUCCUAUUGACGUUUUGAGACAUUCUGUGUCGCCGUUUUGCCAUUUUUGUUGGUUUAAGUUGGUUGGUAGGCAGUAGCGAACCGUGACUCGGAGGAGACAAAGCAUGGGGGGGCAAAGCAUUGUUCACAGACAAUGCAGUGCCCCCCCCCAUACUUUGUCUCAUGCGGUUCACGGUACGCUACUGUUGGUUGGCCUUAGGCUGUAAGUUGAAUUAUACCUUUAUAUUUUAACACUCUAAUCAGAUAAUAGGGAGCAAAGCUCUUUCGAAAUGCACAUUCUGAAUAACAAUUUUAAGUCAUGUUAAGGACGUUGCACAGUUAUGUUUGUGCGCAUUAUGAUCUGCGCAUAGUUUACACUCUACGCGCUGACGUCACAAUGGAUGAACAGGUGAUUAAUUAGCUCCGGGUAUGAAGCUGAUUUUUCUCAUCUUCUGCACUUUAACUGCAGAUCCGAUGCAUUAUUUCAUGAAGCUAAAAUGGAAUUAUUCCAUUAACCAUUCAAAAAAUAAAUUCUCUACGAUUUCAAAAUACUUUACUCUGCAGUGCUGCCAAGAAUCACGAAUAUUACCCCGAGAUCGAAUAAAUGGUAGAGUGGUUUUGAUUUUUUCUUCACAUAGAUACAAACCAUUCGGCGCAUUUUUGGUGUUUUGAAAAGCACAUUUGCUCUAAUAAAAAUGCUGAUAGUUCAAAAACAAGCACAUGAACCCCUAUUUUUUAAUGUUUGUACCUCUUAGGUAUAUCUUCCUCUACAACUCUGCAAAUUUUGGUAAAAAUGACAUGGAUUUUGAAUAAUGUGCAGCAUUUAUUGUACGUUCGUAGUUUGUUACUGAAAUUUUACAUUUUUUAGAUUGGGAUUUUGUUAUCUUUUACGCCAUUUUUAAGAACUUACAGUGCUGUUAAGCUUAAAAUUGCAAACAAAUUGCACUAUAAAUAGAUUCUCCAUUCUAACGAUACAAUUAUUAACUCUCUUGCGAAAUUUGAUGACUUUCUCGUGUAUUUUGACUGAGUAAUAGAGGUUUAAACUCAUUGUACUAAUCUUGGGCGGUCUAAAAAUGCCAAAUUCUUUUGAAUGCGCAAUUCUUAAGAACAUCAAUUUGGGUGAACUUUGAAGCUCUAUAGCAAAAAAUCAAGCACAUGGACCUAUGUUAAUUUUUGCAUAUUUCGAAUAUUAAGGUUCUAAAGUAUCUAUGUGCAAAGUUUGGUGAAAAUGACAUGGAUUUCACUUUAACUGUGGAACGUCCUUAAAUCACUUGCUUAUUUUCGUUAGUACCUUUUUUUGGUUUGCAGUGUAUAUAGUAUCAGCCUGUUUUGUAAUCUUCCUAGCUGUUUGAAAUUAUGAACAACCAUUAUCAUGACAUAAAAAGUAAUAUCCUAUUGUAUUAUUAUGAAUGAGAUUUGUAAAAGGAAUAGUUACUCUUACAUGCGAAGCAUAGUGUAGGAUUUACAGAUAGCUGUUAUUAUUGAGGAUAUAUAUAACUCUUAUUUGUGUGGAUAAAGUCUCGCCUUUGGCCGCGCCAAGUGAGUUUUGGCUUGACACAGGAAAGGCCUUUGUGAGGCCCCUUUCUUUGUGGGAGUAGCAUUAGACAUUGUCAAUUGAUGCUAUAGCAGGGGGCUUAAAGUACUAUUUUGUGGAUUAACUAUGUGAGACUUUAUGACAGUUGCUCACUUUUGGGCCGAGGCUCCAAACCUGAAAGUCAACCCUACGGUCUUCAAGACCACGUUUUCAUGUACAUCAUGGCCGAACUCUACUACUGAAUUUUCAGCUCUCAUUGCCCACCCUAGGUUUGAUGAAAUCAUAUGAGGUGACGUAUGCUGAUAGUUCUCAUCAACAUCUUCUUGGACAAACCUCAUGAAGAUGGUGGCGUCUGUUCAUUUCCAAACUUACGCUUCCAAUCUAAAAUUCAACUGUAUGUUUAUCCUUCUGGGACCUUGUAGCUGAAUUUUACUGAUUCUUAUACACAGUUGGCUUCAUGUACUAAAUAAGGGAAUAUUGACCAAUAAGCAUAUUAUAGACGUUAUUAAUCUUUGCCAUGUUAAUGUUUGUAAUAUUUGAUUAUUUUGAUAUUUGAAACAUACAUAUGGCACAUUAAUUAGCUUCAUAUUUGUUAUUUUGAUAAUUUUGAUAUUUGAAUGAUUAGAGAUUCGUUGUGCAACCAAUCUGAUAUUUGAUCUUUGAUAUUGGAUUGAUCGGAUAUAUGUAUGUAUUUAAUGUGAUAUGUGAUGUUCCACAAGUCCUUGAUUAAGGGUGAAGUCCAUCCCAGAAACAAAAUGCUGAUUUGAAUAAAUAGAGAAAAAUCAAACUAGCAUAACACUGAAAAUUUCAUCAAAAUCAGAUGUAAAAUAAGGUUAUGAUAUUUCAUAGUUUCCCUAAUUUUUCACAAAACAGUGAUGUGCACAACUCAGUGACAUGCAAAUGAGACAGUUGAUGGUGUCCCUCACUCACUGUUUGUCUUGUUUUUGUUUGAAGUAUGCAUUCUUUUUUACAGAUUUGGACCAAUAAGGACCAAUUUGACUAAACCAUAUAGUAUUAAAUACCAAUUACUAAAUUGUCUUGCUAAAAUUAAACCAACAUUAUUAUGUUUUGAAAAAGUUUAUCGUUUUCUUCGUGCAAUGAAAAGGGGACAAUCACCGAUACUACGAAGCAUUGAUGGCUAAUGGAUAUUCAAUAGCAAUAAAAACCAAUCACAGAAAGGGAAUUUGGCCACACCUCUUUUUUAUGAAAAAUACAUGAGACACUAAUGAAUAUUCACUACGUGUACAAAAGUGAAUUGGGGGAAACGGGUGUCAGAAUAGGGGUGUCAGAGGUGUUAGAUAUUAUUCUAUUCCUCUGGUCAUCUUCAUUCAUUUCCUAUUCCAAUAUCUUCAUUCAUUCCAUCAGCACAUCUGCUUCUUCCGUAUUACACAAUCCACUCAUUCACAUCCCCAUCUUAGAACUUUCUAAUUGCUUAUUUUUUAUGAACAUGGUUGUUACUUGUACAUUAUUUUUAGUUGGCAGGGGCCGCGGAAGCAGGGGGGGGUGGUGCAGGCUUCAGCCCCCACCUUUUUCCAAAACCCUGUAGAAAAACGCAAAAAUGACCAUAUGAUUGUGAUUUUUUGAAAACCGCUCCGCGGGCCCCUGGUUUUGCUAUCCUAUUUUCUCUAACUUCAUGCGUUGCCUGUAGGUCAAUAUUUGUUAUAUAUAUUAAGUUUCCUUUGUCAUGUUUGUUAAUAUUUUGAUUUGGGCCAAACAGGCCAAGAGUGUAAGUUGUACAUGUGAUUGUAUAUAAACUGAUGCCUUCAUUCAUGUAUUAUUCCUUUCACUUAUUAUUUGAACUUAUAAUGUACAUUCAAACUCAAUACUAUACAACCGUAUGAUGUAGUUCGUUUAAAACCGCUAUCAUAAAAAACUAAACUUGAAAUUUUUGCAUAAGCUGUAAAAAUAAUGUCUAUAAAAUUAAAGAUUAUAUUGCUCUGUCUUCUUUCUUUUCAUCAGAAGAAUUUUUAAAAAAGACUGAGCAAUAACAUGUGCGUUAUGCUAAUAUGCUCUGUCUGCUUUGUAUUCAUCAGAAGAAAUUUGAAAGAAAAAUACAUGACGGAGCAACUCCAUAUCUGGUGUUCGAAUAUAGAUCAUUAAUUUUACAUGUAUUUAUGUUGAAUCGAAAGGUAUGUCUAUCUUAUGAGAUAAUUCAUGACUGUAAAUGCGGUUUGACAUUUUUUUAUUGAUGGUAUAUACAUGUAUGUAUAUUGUAGGCCUAAGCAUUAUAUAUACAGAAUAAAUGGUGGCUGGAAAACAAUUUUGCUCGAUUUCUUUUAAUGAG